AUGAAUGCUGCUGCGAAGGCUUCCGACGGCGAAGAAAGAAGUGAAUUGGAAUCCCUCCCAGUUUUGGUUGGCACUUCAUUCGGUGGGCUAGUUGGAAUGAACAUCGUUCCGGAAGGUGACAGCGCCAAUUGUUCUCGCUUUCGGUUGAUCGGCGCACAGCCCUGUGGGAGAGUUACCUGCGUUGGCAUAUCACCAGAAAAUACCGUACGCAAUGUGGGCCAGUCAGAAGAAUGGGAGCAACAAUCGCAGUGCAUGCUUGGCCUUGCUGGAGGCGCCGUUGCCUGGGUGAACAAGGGAGGUAUUAGAGCAAUCUGCCAGUGCUUAAAAUGGGGACAAUUGAAAGGAUGGCACAGUAGUUUUAGUGUUGGAGGACAUUUGUGCUGCAGCCGUCCCUUUGGUCGUACUUUGCGAUUUAGGGUAGCCACCAUACCAAUUAAAAUUCUUGUAGGCAACCAGUGUCUUGAAGCAUCACUUGCCGACUACCGAAAGGGCAAUGCAGAUACACCAACAGGAGCAGACGUGGUACAACGGGCCGUGUGGGCUGCCGUGUGCUCUAACGGUCAAGUAACUUUCCUCAUAGAGCCGCAGGAACAUGAAGUGGAAGCGACAACGAAUGGGAAUAAUGGCAGGAUAAAACUCACGUCUUCGGUGCAGCAAGGACGCCAGAGGUCGUCGGCUCCUGUUAACAUUCCAGAAGCUUGCGGUUGCUGGCUAGACCAGUGUCCACAGUCAUGGCAUAAACUCCAAGAGCAUGAAUCACGCACAACAGGGCACGGAAUGGCAGUCUUUGGAGUAUUUGCUCUUGGGUUCGUAACCACAGCGUUUGGCGGCACCCAAAAUGGCAUUGCUUUUUUCACGCCUCAGCUCGAGGGCACUAGGUCUUCCCCGAAUUCGCAGAUUUGUUACAGCAAACUCAGUGUAGCACCGCUUUGUCUCGCCAGUCGAGGCCCCCUAAUUGCGGUGGGCACAGCCUCUGGAGCAAUACUGUUGUUUCGCACAGAAGUGCUAAUCAGCACGUCCUGCACCUACUUUUCGGCAUUUGCUGCUGCUGCCACAGCUAGACCGUUGGCAUCUGUCCGUCCAGCGAGCUUUCCAAUCCAGAGGGUCCAAUUCCUAUGCAAAAACGGAGACAUUAGAGAAGAUGCAGAAGAAGCGGGACAGUUUCACAUAGAAAAAAGUUCUCUAUACUUGCUGGCUCUUGGAUUAGAUGGCUCACUACAUGAGGUGAAGCUGCAGAAUGAAAGUCUUCAGAGCACGCCGUCCCAUCUGCAGAAUGCCGAUGGGAAAACUAACUGCUACACAGCACCAGUCGUGCAGAGGGUCCCUGCAGCAGCUUCACCGCCCUUAAUCAUAUCCGCGGAUAACCACCAAUGCAGAAGCACGCCUCUUCUAGUUAUAGCACACGCCAAAGGAGGACCUACUACGGUGGUCACACUCUGGGAGUCAGGAAUAAUCCAGAUGUGGAUGCUCGCCGAAUCCGCAUCAAUAUCGGAUGUGGGCCAGGGAAUGCAAGCCAAUCCACGCAUGUGUCCUGUCACAUUGGAGUUAAGAUGCGUAUUAUCUUCCACAAGUUCACUUAGAGAUGCUGAUAAGAAUGUCGGCCUUCAUGGGGAUCCCGGAGAGAAGCACACCGCUCACACAAUGUCAAGGCAGAAAUCGCAUACUUUGGUGACACGCUUAAAAUCACUUGCUCCAGACGUGUACGCUCAACGCGAGGAUCUGAUAAAGAGAAAAAAAGAUAUCCAAGAGGAAUUGAAGGCGUUGGUCGACAGGGUGGCAGAGAAUACAGCAUGCCGUAGCGUAGAAACGGAAGCUGGACAAGUGGACGAAGAUGUACGGCUUUUAAUUAAGCACCAAUCCAAUACCAUUUUAAAAGAGAAAAAGCAGGAGCUGCUGGUUCUUCAGUAUGCAUUUGCUGCUUUCCAUCGGCAGUUGAUGGAACACCUAUACUCAAUAAUUGUCACUCCACCAAAGGAGCUCAGAGUUGCGGCUGAGAAACCCGGAGAUACUAUCACUACUCAGAACUACUUCAUACUUGAACAAAAGCCAACGGACAGGGCAAUAGCAAAAAAGUUCUUAUUUCUUCGGUACAGUAAGUGGCUAGUUACAUGGGGGUUUCUUGUUUGCGAACCUCUGGCUGGUGUUCUCCUGUUAAUUCCUUUUGGCACUUGUUUGUAUGAUGUUGAGAACGAAAGUCCUGCUGCACCCGGUCCGGUCACACAGGCAUCACCAUAUGCGAGAGGAUAUAAUGUGGCGAAUCACCGGUCUGCAAUCUACUUGGACGAACCCUUGAAAAGCCUCACAAAUAUGCUGCAAAACCCGUCUCUACUUACAGCUAAUUCUGCUCGUCGGAGUCAAUUUUGGAUAUUACGCGAGGUGUCGGCUGAGGUAGGUAAAAAACAAAGAGCCAUAAAAGCUAGUGGUAGAUGCAUGUGGCAAACCGUUUGUAGCUGCAGCUUUCGCCACACUGCUCAUCAUCUUCAAGAUGUGACCGCAUAUAAUCUUGAACAUAUGCUUAUUUGA